AUGAUGCUUACAGCUAUUAUCAUCGUAUGUCUAGGACUUUCAAUCAAUGGUUUACCAGUUGAGAAUAAUGAUUCAAAAUUAUUGAAAGAUGCCAAUCCUGAAUUUCUUGGUGGUGGUUUUGAAGGUGAUAUGUUCCUUCCACCAGAUUUUUAUCAAUAUCGUGGAGCUGCUAUUCUUGGAACACCACGUCGUUGGCCUAGCAACGUAAUUCCAUAUGAUAUGUCUGCUAUUUCGGAUGCUAAUGAUCGGAAUACAAUUACAAAAGCCAUGAAUAAAUUAAUGUACGAUGUUGGAACACCUGUACCAGAUCAAACAACACGAAAAGUUUGUGUCUUUUUUCGACCAGCUCAAACAGGUGAUAAAGAAGUUCUUAAAAUUCAAUAUGGUAAUGGAUGUAGUGCAUCAAUUGGAUAUGGUUCAAAUUACCAAAAAAAUCUUACUUUACAACAAAACGGAUGUUUUCAUGAGGGCAUUAUUCAACAUGAACUUACUCAUGUUCUUGGCUUUUUCCAUGAACAAUCACGACCUGAUCGUGAUUCAUUUAUAACCGUACAUACAGAAAAUAUUUUAACCAAUCUUGAACAUAAUUUUAAAAAAUAUGCUUGGGGAACCGAGUUAGAAUCACAAGGAUUUGGAUAUGAUUAUGGUAGUUUGAUGCAUUAUCCACCAGAUGCUUUUUCCAAAAAUGGUAAACCAACAAUUACACCAGUCAAAAGCAAUACAGUAAUUGGUCAAAGACAAAAACUCAGUUCAAUAGAUAUAGCAGAAAUUCGUCAUUAUUAUAAAUGUUGA